GCAGGAGCAGCCCGAAAGACCGGCCCGGUGCCUUCUCUCGUCUCCCAUUGGCCCAGGCUCGUGAUCGCUAUUAGCUCAAGCACCCACCAAUACGUUGAACCAAUCGGCCUCGGCCCCAAGACAAGCCAACGCUCAGCCAUACACAAGCUGUUUUUAUCCGGCAAACUGUAAAAACUCCCAGGUAACGACGGAGCCGUUUUUUAGUGCUCUCGCUAGCCUGCCUCGAGACGUGUCUAGCAUGUUAACCAGGGUCUUGCCUGUCACGUGACUCUAGGGCUGGCCAGGGCUACCCGCAAACAACCCUUCAGGUCCACUUAACCUCGGGCUCUACACACCCUCCAAGGCCUCUGACACAGCCCUAGUUAGACCCAGUGGCACUAAGGUAAUUGAGCCACUAGUCAAGUGCCUACAGUGCCAUGUCACGACGAGAGUGAAUAAGGCGAUGAACGAGCAGUGUCAAUCUGUUAUUGGUCAGUGGAUGAUUAGUGGAUAAUUGUGCUUGAGGUGGUGUGACCUGAAGUGACUACCGACGGAGGGACGCGCGGACACCAUGGCCAACGUCACCUACACUGGGGCCUCCUCCACAUCUCCUUUGGUGGUGUCAUCGAGCGGUGGCAGCGCCGUGGGCAGUCCCUGUGAGCCUCGCGACCCUCCCCCUCUACCAGGCGGCAUGGGAGUAGGUGUCGGCGGCUACGACCUCAUGACAUACCAACGUCUCGCCAGCGCCCUCUACGCCCACCCGCCCCAUGCGACCCUCGACGGUGCCACGCCUACCUCUUUACCGCCCACCACACCCACGACGCUUCUCGCCGCCCACGACCCACUAUUACAUGGAAAUGGUUUAGAACUAAAGGAUAGCCUGGGUGGGAUCGGUGGAGGCGCCUGGCCUUAUCCAAUGUACUAUCCCUACGACACCCUUGCCGCCUAUCCUUUCACUCAUGGGUACGGGAUGGCUUUCGACGCCGCCCGCAGGAAAAACGCCACCAGGGAAACGACGGCGACGCUGAAGGCGUGGCUGAACGAGCACAAGAAGAACCCUUACCCGACCAAGGGCGAGAAGAUCAUGCUGGCGAUCAUCACCAAGAUGACUCUGACGCAGGUCUCGACGUGGUUCGCCAACGCCCGUCGCCGCCUCAAGAAAGAGAAUAAGAUGACCUGGGAACCUCGGAACAAAACUGACGACGACGACGACGACGACGACGAUAAGGACGACGACCACAAUCACGAUGUUGACGUGGGCAGCGAUGUUCGUGUUGGCGAGGACGGAGGGAGCGAGGGCUCUCCUAUGAGGCCGCCUUCGCCCUCCAGCACCACUGGCGGAGGAGAAGCGCCCCCGCACGCUGCCCCGCCCCCAGCCUCACCCGUGAAGCCACGCAUCUGGUCUCUGGCGGACAUGGCCUCCUCCUCCUCGUCCUCCCCGACGUCCCCGUCGUCCACCCUGGCGGGCGCGGUGGGGAAGAUGAGCGUCCACCGGCCGUUACAUCUUGAGGCGUCGCCUUACGCCCGCCCGAUCCCCAUGGCACCAAGGUUGCCCUCGCCUCAGGAAGCUCUCUUGCAAGUCUACGCCAAAUCCCUGGGCCUGGCGUCGCAUCACGCCCAUUCCUUCCCGUCCCUACCACCCGGCUUGAACGGGCUUGGGUCACACCUCUCCCCGCCGGGCUUAGAGGCGCCUCUGCCUGCCACUCUGGGAGCUCCCCCAUACAGCACAGCCAACCUACAGCCGCCCACCAUCAGCAAACCCGUUGCUACUCGCCCAUUGCCGGCCGUGUCACCCUCCAGCCUCCCAGCUCUCCACCACACCCUCCCCGGUGGCGCCAAGAUCACCCCCGCACCGCCCCCAGCACAUCGGCCUGAGGGUUAACCCGUCGCCCCUGUGGAAGGACCUGACCGGGCCUCCAGUCGGCCGGCUUUGUUGACUAUUUAAUGUUAUAAGUGAAGUGUACCCCCGAUGCUUGGUGAAGCUUUAACAGUGUGAAAGCAAAAACACGUAGAGACAGUCGCACGUGGUAAAAUUUAGGCGGUGACCAACACGCGGUCGUGCGCUCCAGCACUACAUGUAUUCAGCUACAUCAUGUCGCCGAAUAGCGGGUUCAGGUGUCUGGGCAACACCCAGUGGCGGUUAAUUUACAGUGAUAUUGACACUGCGCAUAUGCAUAUACUCAGAAGCAGGUAAGAAUUAGCAUAUCAUCUCAUAGUGGAAAGUGUGGACCUUGUGAUGACAGUGGUGUGGUGAGUGACGCUGCCAGAACUUCGCAAGCAAAACACAAACUCUCAUUGCUGGGAAGGAGGCGUUGCGACCCCCACGCUCACACGAAACCGCGAGGCAGACCAAGGGCAGAGAGAACCUCCAGGUAGAACUUUCUUCCCGUGAGCGCAGUGCGAGGCGGCGGUGGCCCAGGGAACGGUCUGAAAGGGGUAAGAGCACCUCUACCACAGAAGGCAACGGCAGAGGAAUCGAAAGAAAGAAUGCAAACUGCACCUUCCCUCCGCCCUUUCUUUGUUGCCAUCCCUGCAAAGGAAACUGCAACAAGGGGUUUUCUGAGAGUUCAACGGGGGGCGUAGUACCAUUGACGGCCAGCAUUAUGUAACGGUACUUUUUCGUUCUUUUUAUCCGUCUUUACUUUCCUCUGUUGUUCAGUGUGUUAGGAAGAAGUGUUUCAUGGAACAAUCCAGCGAAUUACUACCAGUGAUCAUAGCGAUGAACAAACAAUUAGGUGAUUGUGUUAGAGUACGUUAUUUUUUUUUUUUUCAUAUGAAAAGAAACUACAUGGAGGUUAACGAACAAAUGACCAUCAUCUGUAAAUCCUUCAUGAGUGCAGUUAUGUAAAAUUGUCUCAGUUAUAGUAAGAAAAAGAAUGUUUCAAGAUAGUUCAUAACAGAAUAAGAGAGAGAGCGAGAGAUUGAAUUUAUGUA